GCGGCGAUGCGCUUCACGGCGUCUCCGGUGGUAGAGCUCCCGGUGGGCGGCGCGGUGCUGAGCUUCGAGCAGGACAACGACUCCUUCGAGGUGGGAACCUCCGUCUGGAACUCCUCCCUGGUCCUCGUCAAGUUCGCCGAGCGCUGCCUGGGGGACCCUGCCCUCCCCUUCGCCGACGCCCUCCGCUUCCCGGGAACCCGCGCCAUCGAGCUCGGCUCCGGAUGCGGGCCCGCCGGCAUGGGGCUCUCCCGCCUCGGCCUCGCCGACCUCGUGCUCACCGACAUCGCCGCCGUCCUCCCCGCGCUCCGCCGUAACCUCCGCCGCAACCGCUGCCACCUCCCCCGCGCGCCCCGCCUCGCCCAGCUCCACUGGAACUGCCCCGCGCACCUCACCCAGCUCGCCUCCCCGCGCCGCUUCGACCUCGUCGUCGCCGCCGACGUCGUCUACGUCCAGGAGUCGGUGCCCCACCUCGUCGCGGCCAUGGACGCGCUCGCUGACGCCGAGCGCGGCGUCGUGCUCCUCGGGUACCAGAUCCGGUCCCCCGAGGCGCACCAGGCGUUCUGGGAAGCUGUGCCGGCCGCCUUCCCGGUGAUCGAGAAGGUGCCGCGUGAGCACCUCGACCCGGAUUACGCCUUUGAGGAAUCCGAUGUGUUCAUACUCCGCAGGAGGCCGAGGCAGUGAGAUUGUUGUAUCGUGAAGCAUUUGCUCGUCACUUACAGAGCAGGUCCAGCAUGAAGUGUAUUUCUUACUUGGGUGAUGUUUCUCGGGGAGCUGUAUACCACAUAGGAAUAAGACGAUGAAACAUUUUUCGCUCUUGAGUAGACCUCCUGAUAUAUUUAUAGCAUUCUGUAUGGUCAGCCUUAUGUUGAGCUGUCUAGGAAUAUGUUCAGUUGUUAUUGCAUCCAAAAUGUAUAUUUUUGGUCAUUAGCUUGCCUUAUUUAUCUCAUGAUGCGGUCA